AUGACAUCCACAAUCGUGGAUGAUCAUACAAGCAAUUUAGCUGAUUUUGGUACUUCUGAAGAGCUUUGGGAUGAUGAUGUUGCCCAUGAAGAAGUCAUAGGAGAUGAUGUUGGGAGUCAUUUUAUUGAGGUUGGAAGUGCAGACGUAGAUCAAAGCUUUGUGGAAGAUGUGGAAGAAGGAAUCGAUGAAUCUGUUGCCUAUGAAAACACGGUACUCCAAAUGAAAAAUGGCAGGCCUGUGUUCACGUUGAAUCUUCCCGAUUUGCUGGCUCAUCCUAAGACACUCACUUCUGGAGAAACAUUCUAUAUAUGUUUUUCCAAAAAGUGUGCUCGGCAAUUAGCAUACUCUGGAUAUAUUUAUAAUAUGGCUGAUAUCGAAGAUGGUUACAACUUUUGGCGAUGUGCUAACCCUGGGUGUACAGGAUCGAUAAGGUCCGGACCUAAUUUCGAAAGUAUCGAAAUUCAAGCAGAGCAUCUACCUGAUUGUGUAGCUGAUGAUAAACAGGUCCGUCUCCGUGUUUGUAUUUAUGAUCUAAGGUUAAUGGCCGAGUUCACUGAUAUUGAUCUUCUCGCGCUAUAUAACGCUUACGUUGAGAAGGUGCGAACAGAGCAAGCUGAUAUAGGUCAUCUUUUCCCUUCGUUCGAAACUAUCAAGGAAAGAUUAGAAAGGCAUCGGAAUCAACUGAUUUUCCGGAGAAAUUUUGAAAUAAGAAAACUACAAACCAUGCGGAGAAAACCUUAUGUUUGUCCACCGAAUAGACCUGAUCCCAGUAUUCAGUUCCGUAGAACUAAGGCUUUCCCACCCUCGAUUUGUGUGGAAUGCAAUUUAGAAAUUCAUUCUAAUGAAAUAGCUCCUUCUCAUGAUUUACUUAUUGAUCAUCUUGAUUAUCAACAUCAAAGACAGCUACAAGUGGAAAGGUACACAUUUCCUGAAGCAGCACUAUUCGAACAAUGGAUCAGAGAAUUGCAACAACAUAGUCGUUACCGUCUACGUAAAUUGGGCUUAUAUGAUGAACAUAUGUAUUAUUUGUGUCAUUCUGAUGACCGCCAACAACGUUGCAAUCAUGGAAAAGGAAGUGUUAUAAAUUUGCAUUGCUCGGCUUUUGUCAGAGUUCACGAUUGGAGGUAUAUAUUACGAAGAGAAAUCAAGCCGGUAGUCGUAGAUUAUUGUUUAGAUCAUAUGUUUCAUUCUGAAGAUUCCCCUUUACUGGAGAUGUGUAGACAGCCAUUAUAUGUUUAUUACUCCCCGGAUGUUUUCAUUAAAGAUCUAGAAGCGAGAAGGCAAAGAACACAACUCUUGCUAAAAUCAAACAGCUCCUUGCAGCGAGUGAAAAGGGUUAUUCCUCAAAAUAUGGAAACUUCACCCAUAAAUGCUGUUCAAGCCCAUCCUGAAAGAACCACUCGUUAUGUUUAUAAGUCUUCAAAUGAAAUAACAGCAGGGCCAUCUGUCGAUACUGAUGGAGGGGAACAGUGGCUUAUGGAUACCGUUGAAGAUGCAAGUAAAAUAAAUUCCACUCUAACUGAUGGGUGUUGCUCUGUAACCUCUCCUUCUAAGAUUUCAAGGAAAAUGACACUCGAGGAAAAAAGCGUAUUUGAUAUAGUUCAUCGCAUCGAUAUUCAGUGUGAAAUUUUGAAACAACGAAUGCAGCACUGCAGAAGAUCGGAAGUAGCAAGAAAGUAUCUGUCAAGGAUUUCAUCCGUUCUUGACGAUAUUAUGGCGGAUCCAUUCUGUUCUCCCAGGGGAACCGCUAGUAUGGACAUGAUAAAUCCUGGCACUCCCAAACUUUCAGAGACAGGUCUAGAUUCAGAUAAAAACAAACACGCUUUGAAACUCACUCCGAUCUCAGUAACUAAAGCUAAGCAUAGUCUCACAACUAAUCCCGACAAUAAUAUUCGUCAAGCUAUGUUCUUACGAAGGGGAGAAAAUGGAGAAAUGGUGAUUGUGCGAAGAACAAUGAAAAAGUUUCGAAAAUUGGUACAUGUACCUGAUGAGCAAGUUCCUGUUUCUACUUCAUAUUCAAAUACUUAUGAGACAACUAUCCAAAAAACUGAGGACUCUCCUGACAUAAAAAAUAUUCCUGAUGAUCUCGUUCAAGCCGAUGAUAGUAUCGUUGAAACUUUGCAUAUGAAUCAUGCGCAUUUAAAAGACAUGGAACCGAGUUCUAACGAUGAAAUUAUCAAUGUACAUGAUAUGAAACCAGCGAUAGAUGUAGCAGAAGAUCUCGAGGAGAAGAAUGGAACGGAAGUUUCUCCUCCCAAGCGAAGUCGCGGUCGUCCAAGAAAGGUGUAUUCUCCUUCGUGA